CAUAAUAAUCGAAAUUACCGAAAAAAAAAACUGCCUUCUCCCUGACGCACGCAAGUCAAGUCGACAAGUAGCUACUGUAACACGCAGGGACAGAUCAAAGGGAGGGGGAAACGCUCGCGCCUCGUUUUUCUUUUGUUUGUUUCUAACAUAAGUGCGGACUUUAAACCCUAGGCUCCAUUUCCGGAUCGAUCAGGAAGUGUUGUGUUAGUCGGAGAAACUCACUGAAUUCGGGCAGGGAUAAGCAAAUCAACGGCCGAGAAGAAAUGCUCGGUGAUGGAGGAGAAACGCCUUCAAGGUGUGAAUUACUCAGUAUGGUAAAAAAGCACUCAAACUUGUUGGGGAAAACCACAGUCGAUGAACAAGAUGCUGCAGAUGUUGCAAUGGAUUCACAGUUUUGGCAUGACGUCUUUGAUUUGUAUUUUGUUCGCGGCAAGGAGUCCAGAGGAAGACAAGAUGACGAUCUUCUAUUUUUUGUUAGGAAAUUGAGCUCAAAAAGAUACAAUGAUAAUGACGAAGCUCUCGCGUACUUUGUACGCAGGUGGGCACUUAAGUUGGAUCAACUACUGGGUGAAAGUUUAUCAGAGGUUGAUUGGAGGCGUUCAUUCUACUUGAACAUGAUUGCACACACUUCAUUUUCUGUAACAGUGGCAAUUUGCAGCCAUGAGGUCCUUCAAAAUUAUCAAGCCGAUCAAGCUACAUCACUGUCUCCUAUAUACAAGAUUGUAAAGACUGUCUAUGCAUCACCAAGCCGUGUAAACUUUCAUUUGGAUUCGAAGAAGGAAGUAGAGACAACACCUGCCUACCCAGAUAUUUGUUUCGCUGUAGACGAUUUUGACUCAACUUUUGAUGCUGUGGUUUUAACAGAGACAGACCAUUGCUACUGUGUGCUUCUGAACGCACAUGAAGGAGCAGCAUUUCCUGAUGAAAAAUCGUCUCAUGGUAGCAGUUCUAGUUCACCUUUGGAAACUGAUACUAAUUCUCGAAAGACGACAAAUAGCAAGCUCACUCUUUUCUCUGGAUUUGUGAACUAUCACAUGGUUCGAGAAGCCUAUGAUGAUCAAAGCCAGCUGGAUUCCGGGCCCUUUUCACCUGUGGUAACAAAGAAAGGACUUGGGCUUGGCUCAAUUUUUCGUAAAGCUGCAAACGUUGCAUCCGUUGCGGCAAAGCAUGCAUAUGCUGCAGCUGCUGCUUCUACAUCUGAUGAUGAGAUGUUGCCCCUAAAGUGCUGCUUGAUGUCCAUAUCAUUGCCAUGGGAACACAUUGCAUAUGACCUUCUGUUUAAGGGAAGUCCUCCGGUGAACAUGUAAAUCUCUUAGAUGAGCAAACCAGAAAAGGGUUACGCCAUUGCCAGAGGAAAGCAGAACACAGAAGGACUAGCCUUUACCCAAAGGUGCACAUGCUUUCUCUAGUUUCUCCCCAUCCACAUUUUUUGAUGGGUUUAGUGUCAGAAGCUGUUUGUUGGAGAUACUGUAUAUUAUUUAAACUGUAAAUGUAAAGCUUAAUCAAUAUGAUCAAUUUAUUGUCUCCAGUAUUUUACAGUUCUUUUA